UUCUAUCCCUAAGUCUGAAAACCCUAAGUUUCAAAUUCUCGAGGAAUUUAGCAAUUAAAGAAGCUCAAACCCACUCCAGAAGCUCCAUUUCAAAUUCCAUGGGAGAAUUGAAUAUGGAGGACAUGCCUCUUCCGGCGCUCUUCGAGCAAGCUCGGAAGAUCCAUCUGGCGGCGACGGAGUCUGGGGGUGGUGUCGAUCAGGAGGAGGUGAGGAAGGGAUGCAGGGCUUUGGAGAAGUGCGAUGAAAUGAUAAGCAAGCUGGGUUUGUUCUCAGCCAAUGAGACCAAGGAGGAUAUCAGCACCACCAAUCUCAAAUAUCUUAUGGUGCCGUAUUAUCUCGGUGAAUUAACCGAAAAGGUUGCGCAGGAUGACAGGAUAUCGAUUCUUAAGGCUUCCCAGGCUAAAUUAAAGGAGUUUAUUUCAAUUUGCGAGGCAAUGGAACUUGUUCCGAAAGAGGAGUUAGAAGCAUCUGCAGUUGAUGGCCCAAAUUCACAUGUUGAUCGAAGGGCUCUGAAGAUUGCUCGAUUCAAAAGGCAAAGAGCUGCAGAAUCAAAAUUGCUGGAAAUUAAGGAGCGGAAAGAGCGAAGAGGUCGUUCAACUAAAGCAUCUGCCUUGUCAACUCCUAUUGAGGCAGGAGAGGAAGAUGUGCUGGAUGAUGACGGAGAGGAGGAGCGGGAGGCAUGGUUUACUACAAUCUCUUUGGCAGUUAGUAAGACUUUUGAUCUGUUGGAGAUGCUAAAGAAAGAGGAAGAAAUGCUUGUAGCUUUUAAGGAAAGGCAAUCAAAGGAUGGCGGGAAGGAAUUUUAUCAAGAAGUUCUUGACGAUCGUGCCAAAAGGGCCGAAGCUUGGCAUCGUGAUGCUGCAACCCGGGUGCAGUAUAGUAGGCCAGCAGAGCCUAUCACCUGUGCAACUUUUGCUCAAGAUGUUCUAGAAGGGAGAGCCAGGGUUUCAGAGAUGCAUGAACACAAGCACCAGCCACUAAUAUUUGGACCAGCGAGUCUUAUUGGUGGAAACCCAACAAGUGAGAGGGAAAGGAUGGCGGCUCAGGUUUUCCAGCCCAGUCAUAGGAUGCCGACCAUGAGCAUAGAGGAAGCUGGACUGAAGGAGAUGGAGAUAAUGAAUACGUGGCAAGAGAGGAAUGUGAAACUCAUGGAAGAGGCCAAUUCUGCAUGGUACAAGGAACCUAUGAAACCAGGACCACCGCCGGAGGGGGAAGAGGAAGAUGAUGAUGCCGCUCAAGACAGGGCGAGGGCAUGGGAUGACUGGAAAGAUGAUAAUCCUCGGGGUGCUGGCAACAAGAAGCUCACCCCCUGUGGAUAAAAUGGCACAUUGGGGAGCCCUGAGAUUUUGAUUUACUGCAAAUUAGAAAGUUUUGUAUUUGGUGUCGUUCUUGUUGUGUAGAUUAAGUUAUGUAUAUUAUCCAUAUAUUUAUUUCAAGGCGUUUUAGUCAAAAUGAUCUCUGAGAUUUGUAUAACACAUAACUUUGGUUCCUAAGAUUUAAAAUCAAUAUAAAUGGUUCCUGAGA